CGGUUUACGGUGCUGUUGUUGAGGAGAAUUGGCUAUUGAGCUCAGGCGUUCGAGUUUGAGCACGUCACUUUUCGAUUUUGGCCCUUUUUCUUUCCAGGGGAACAAAGAAAGAGAGAUCAGCCCCAAAAACCGUUCGACAAAAAAUCCAAAACCAAAAUCCCCUUUUUUUAUUCCCAUCCCUGUCCUUCUCUCAAACAACCCUAGCUAAGUUAGCUCUGUCGUAGUACCGCUCUAUCUCAACUCGCAUCGCAGCCUUCCUUUCAGUUUCAGUUCAACCCCACAUAUCCAUACGCAUAUACCCAUCAAGAUGGACAGAGACGGAGAGGACCGUCGCAGCGACAACGACGAGGAUGGCACCCCCACGAUCAAGAUUAAGAAGCCCCGCCUGGACGUCGGCCAUUCCCAUUGGAUCCGAGAAGAGUUCGCACACCACCAGCUGGGCAUUGCCCGAAUCAACAACGGAAGCUUCGGGAGCUGCCCUGGCUCCGUUCUCGCGGCCCAGCGGGCUUGGCAGCUCCGUUUCCUCCGACAGCCCGACGAUUUCUACUUCAAAACGCUCCCCGACGGCAUUCUGAAGUCGCGCACCCUCAUCAAGGACUUGAUCAAUGCCGACCACGUGGACGAGGUCUCGCUAGUCGAUAACGCCACCACUGCCGCAGCCAUAGUCCUUCAGCAGAUCGGCCGCGCCUUCUCCCAGGGUUCUUUCUGCAAAAACGACGUCGUGGUGAUGUUCCACUGCGCCUUCCAGGCCAUCAAGAAAUCAAUCCAAGCUUACGUGGUCCGCUCCGGCGGCACCGUCCUGGAGAUUCAGCUGCCAUUCCCGGUCCAUUCCCGCCAGCAAAUCAUCUCGGAGUUCAGGAGGGGCUUGGAGAGGGCCAAAGCCAACGGUGGCACGGUCAGGUUGGCCAUCAUCGACCACAUCACCUCCAUGCCCUCAUUUGUCAUUCCCGUCCGCGAACUGGUCCAGAUUUGCAGAGACGAAGGUGUCGACCAGGUGUUCGUGGAUGCGGCCCACGCUAUGGGAACCGUGCCCGUCGAUGUCAAACACCUCGGGGUGGACUUGUAUGUCACCAAUUUGCACAAGUGGUUCUUUUGCCCGCCUUCCGUUGCCGUGUUCUACUGUCGGAAAUCGGCUUUAUCCUCUCAGGUACACCACCCCGUGGUCACCCAGGAGUAUGGAAACGGGUUGCCCUUGGAGAGCUCCUGGAUUGGGACCCGGGACUACAGCUCGCAGCUGGUGGUGCCGUCGGCUUUGGAGUUUGUGAAGCGCUUCGAGGGUGGAUUGGAGGGGAUUAUGAAGAGGAACCAUGAUGGGGUAGUCCAAAUGGGGAAGAUGUUGGCGGAUUCAUGGGGAACCAUUCUUGGCUCACCCCCCAAUAUGUGUAGCAGUAUGAUUAUGGUGGGAUUGCCUUCCAGAUUGUGUAUUAACAGCGACGACGAUGCUUCCAGGUUGAGGUCGCAUUUGAGGGUUCAUUGUGGUGUUGAAGUUCCUACUUAUUAUCAUCAUGCUUCUCCUGGAGAGGGUGAAGAGCAACUUCAAGAUACAUCACCCAGAGAUAAGGACGGCUUCAUAACCGGUUAUGCUCGAAUUUCUUAUCAAGUUUAUAACACGGUUGAGGAUUAUCACAAGUUUAGAGAUGCCAUUAAUCAGCUUGUUGAGGAUGGAAAAGUUUGUAAAUUUCUUUCAGCGGAAUGAAGAAUAGGUAUGCUUAGUCAGCAGCAGCAUUAGCUUUCCUUUCUUUUUUUCUUUUUUUGUUUUUUGUUUUUUGCUAUGCCCCCAGGCCUCCCCGUUCCCUCCCCAAGACUCGAACCAGCGUCCACUGGCCGGGCUGUGGUGCUCUGACCACUGAGCUCACACGCGAGUCUAGCCGCAUUAGCAGUUGCUUUGGUUUACCUGUUGUCUGUGUAUAGAUUUAUUAAAAACAAUUAAUUUCGGUUCCUCCACUCCACUCCACUCCACAGUUUAGGAUCAGUUUAUCAGUUUAAUGUAAUGUAGCUCUCUUUGCAAUGCACUGGUGCAGCGUGCAGCGGGGUUUUCUUUUCCCUUUGUUUUUUUUUUUUUAAUUUUCAAUCAAUAAUUAAUUCUAAACUUGCCUCA